AUGUCAGAAUCAUUAGGAGAUGAAUAUUACCCAUCUUUUGCUCCAUUUCUUGGGUUUGGUGGAUGUGCAGCCGCAAUGAUGUUGUCUUGUGCUGGUGCUGCCAUUGGUACAGCCAAAUCAGGAAUCGGUAUUGCUGGUAUUGGUACUUUCACUCCUGAGUUGAUUAUGAAGUCUUUGAUUCCAGUGGUCAUGUCAGGUAUAUUAUCAGUUUAUGGAUUGGUGGUUGCCGUGUUGAUUGCUGGGGGGUUGUCACCAACGGACAAGUACUCGUUGUUUAACGGAUGCAUGCAUUUGGCAUGUGGAUUAACCGUAGGGUUUGCAUGCUUGGCAUCGGGAUACGCAAUUGGUAUUGUUGGCGACGAAGGGGUCAGACAGUUUAUGCACCAACCAAGAUUGUUUGUUGGAAUAGUGUUGAUUCUUAUCUUUGCUGAAGUCUUGGGUCUAUACGGCAUGAUUAUUGCGUUGAUUUUGAAUACAAAGGGAAGUGGAUAA